AUGGCCCAGUGGUCCCCUGCCCAGCACGCCCACCAGCACCUCGCUCCUCACCCCCACCCACACCCGCAACUCGGCGGCAAGGGCCUCCCGCCUCAGGUCUCGGCACCGGCCUACCUCCCGCACCACCCCUCGUCCCCAGCUCCGUCCUCCUCAGCCAGCAGCUCGCGCUACGGCACCCUCGGGCCUCCACCCGACUUGACAGAGCGCUUCAGGGUCAAGCACAAGUACCUCGCGUACCAGAAACGCUGGCACAAGGGCCUCGACCUGCGCAAGGACCUCGAGCUCGAACUCGCAGAAAAGGAGGCAAAGGUCCAAGCCCUCCAGGACGAGGUCGACCUCAUCAUCGACCAGAUCCACGACUCGGACUACGCCCACCUCGUCCCGGCUCGCGACGACCUCUUCUCGGACGACGACGACGACGGCGAGCAGGACCUCGACGACGACGAGGAGGAGGGGGCAGCAGAGGGAGACGGUGACGACGAGCCGCACGUCAAGGACGAGGACGACGAGGACGGCGAGGGCGCGUCGCGUGCGAGGGCGAGGGCAAGGGCCGGCAAGAAGCGCAGCCUCGAGGACGACGAGGCGCGCAGGAGGUCCGAGAUCGAGGCAAAGUACAGCAUCGACGGCUCGAGGCAGAACGUCACUCGCGCCGAGCCCGCCCUGGAACCCGCACCCGCACCCGCACCCGCACCCGCGCCCGCGCCCACGCCCGCACACGCCGACGGCCCUGCGCCCAAGCGCCUCAAGCUCACGUUUGGCAGCGGCGCAGGAGGAGCGGGCGCGAGCGCGUCGCUCGCGUGA